CCUCGGCGCAGUGCCGCGGGCGCGCGCGGCGGCGGCGGCGGCGCGACAUGUCCCACCAGACCGGCAUCCAAGCUAGUGGAACCCUUAAGGACACCUUUGUUGGAGCCAGAAAUGGACUAUACAGGCUUUUAAAGAUAGUCAUUGAAAAUGAACAACUUGUUGUGGGAUCCUCUAGGCAGCCUCUUGGAUCAUGGGAAAAGGAUUAUGAUUCCUUUGUUCUUCCCCUUCUUGAAGACAAGCAGCCAUGCUAUAUACUGUACAGGUUAGAUUCACAAAAUGCUCAAGGAUAUGAAUGGAUCUUCAUUGCAUGGUCACCUGAUCACUCCCCUGUUCGUCAAAAAAUGUUGUAUGCAGCAACCCGGGCAACACUGAAAAAAGAAUUUGGAGGUGGUCAUAUUAAAGAUGAAGUAUUUGGAACAGUACAGGAUGAUAUUUCACUGAAUGGAUAUAAAAAAUACUUGGUAUCACAGUCUUCCCCUGCACCUCUGACUGCAGCAGAAGAGGAACUUCGACAAAUUAAGAUUAAUGAGGUACAGACAGAUGUUGGUGUAGAUACUAAGCAUCAAACACUGCAAGGAGUAGCCUUCCCCAUUGCUAAAGAAGCUAUUCAGGCUUUGGAAAAACUGAAAAAUAAGCAACUCAAUUAUGUGCAAUUGCAAAUUGAUAUGAAAAAUGAAACUAUUAUUUUGGCCAGCACGCUUCAUACUGAACUUAAGGACUUGCCAAAAAGAAUUCCAAAGGAUUCUGCACGUUACCACUUCUUCCUCUAUAAGCAUGCCCAUGAAGGGGACUAUUUGGAAUCCAUAGUUUUCAUCUACUCUAUGCCAGGGUAUACCUGUAGUAUACGAGAACGGAUGCUGUACUCUAGUUGCAAAAGCCCACUGUUAGAAAUUGUAGAAAGACAGUUGUGGAUGCAGAUAAUCAGAAAAAUUGAAAUAGAUAAUGGUGAUGAGUUAACUGCUGACUUCCUUUAUGAAGAGGUUCAUCCAAAACAACAUGCGCACAAACAAAGCUUUGCUAAACCAAAAGGUCCUGCAGGGAAAAGGGGAAUUCGAAGACUGAUCAGAGGUCCAGCAGAAACUGAAACACCUACUGAUUAAAAGCUGUUGUUUGCACUAGCAAUAAGAUACUGCAGCAAGAAAUGAAACUUCGCUAAUGAACUGAAAUUAUUCCAUUCAUAGAUGCUAAGGAGAAAAGCUUUUUACUCUUCCUUUUCCUGACCUCAGCACUACAUAUACAGUGUCUAUGUAUCAUGUUUGACAUGUGGAAAAGCUGAUUUUUUUUUCAAAGCUAGAAGAGGAAAACUAAACCUUUAUCACUUUAUUUUAAAUUAGAAUCCAUUAUUUAAUGGCUAUACAUGUGAUCAUAAACUUCACAGACAGAAACCUAUUAAGGCUGGGUAUUCUGUGGUUAGUUUCAUUGUUUGUCUAGGUAGCAGACCUGUAUUCAUAUGAGUAGUAGCCUAUUGAAACCAGUAAGACUUAACCAUGUGAGAAGACCUGAAGGACUGCAGUAUUGUCCCAGAUAAGUGUUCUAUUUUUCUUGUAGCUGUCAUAGAUAAUACUACAGUAGAAGCCUUUGUUUUUGAAAUGAUGCAUUCUUGGUUUUAGUUUUCUUAAUAGAAAAGUUGAUUUAAAGCGAUUUUUAAAAAAUGGAUGCAGAUGUCCAGGAAUAGAUGGAAUUUUUUUUCCUUGCAAAAAAAGCAUGGUCAUUCCGAAUUAAUUUUGUGGAAUUGUCUUCUAAAGAAAUCUGACAUGAAACCACUAUAGCUUUUCCAGACUUUGAUACAGCUCUUAAGCCUUAUAUGUUUAAGUAUUGAACUAUCAAGUAAAAUAUAAUUGAAAGUGCAUGAGUCAGUAUACUUGAUAGAUUAUGGAGCUGCUUUCAAAGCAAUAUACUUAAAAGUUUCUAUAAAAACUGAUUACCUGGGCACUUGGAUCUAAAACUAAGUUCAGUAAAUAAGUAAAUAAACUUGCUUCAUAAUACAAGUUAUUCUUUAUUUGAGAUUCUUCUCUAUUGCAUUUUUAGUAUCUACUGCAACUUAAUACAUUCAAGAUGUUCUGAAAAUGAUUUUCUGAAUAUUUGAACUUUAUAACAAAAAUCCAGCUAUGUCUUGAAAAACUUCUGGCAGGACCUGGCUAAGGUUUUGUCCUUUUUUUUUUCCCCCCUCCCUACAUACUAAAAUACUAAUAUCAGAAGAAUAUACAUUUGAUUGAACUUCAUUUAAUAUAUUUAUUAAAAAUAGGUGAAAUAAAUAAUUUAGUUCUUUAGUCAAUUUGUAAAAUGCGAAAAUCGUGUAUACAGAAUGAGCUUAAAUAGCUCAAAUUUAUAUAAUGAGGCAAAUAAGUAGUGGAUAAAAUAAAUUCCGCAGUGGAGACUUAGUUUUUAGUGUCUUGAGUGUGGGUUUUGUGCUUUUUGAUUUUUAAAGCUUGCAAGAGUUGCAAGUCUUGGUUUAUGGCAUAGUAGCAUCAUAAGUACUGGUUGUCCGCAUUACAUAGCUGCAUCACAUUGUUCUUACCUGAUGGAUGAUGUAUUUUAACCUGUUGUGUAGGGAAGUACGCCUUGACACCACUAGUUCUUGGUAAAAUUUAUCUGUUACUUCAUUUGGAGAUACUAGCUUGUUACUGACCCUUUUGAGAUUGUGCUGUAUGAUGUGAAAAUUGUAACAAUUGUUGGUUUUACUGUUUUUUAUCUGCAGUAGAAUUUUUCCACCUCAGCUUUUUUGUUCAAUCUUACACACUACAUCAAUUCAGUAGCUCUUGAUCCUCAGCUAAUCUCCUUGUCCUUAGUGUUACCAUGUUCCUUUUCUGCCUCUUGCCUUCUACCGCUAGGGCAAGUAGCUGGUCUUUGCAAUUUGUGUUCUACCCAAGACCUGUCAGGCAGGCGACAUUCUUUUAAACACAGUUUUAAUGUCUGUGCAGCUCACUAUACACUAUAGCUAAGUGUAUUUUUUAGUUUAAGUCAUAAUCUUUGUGGCACACUGAUUUAAGGUUAAUAAAGGUUAUUAAGGUAUAAUAAGGUUAAUGGUCAACCACAGCAGUUAAAAAUCACUACUAGAGAGCUUUUGGUGAUUUCAGUAUUCAUGCCCAUGCACACUCCUGGCCUGGCUGACAUGCAGAGUUUUAUAUCCUUUAUUUUUACAACCAUUAGAACCAAUAAAUAAGUUUGCAUUUUGUGAUGGAUUUUUUGUUUGUUUUCUCUAAAUCCUUCCCUAGGUAUGAGAAGGGGAGUUUCUCCAAAUCCUGCCCAAAACUCAUUUGAGCAUAAACUCUCAUGAGUUAAUAAUGAGUUCAGCCCAAACCAGGCAUUUUAAGAUACUGUAUUUUCAAGUAUUUUACAGGGUCAGUUCCCAGUCACUGCUUUUGCGCAAGCCCCUGACUAGUGUACAGAGUAGCAUCCUGAGCAGAUUUUUCCCUUGCCUCUCUGUUAAAAAAGAAACAUGACUACAAGAGACUGUUCUCUUAAAUCCGUGGAACCUCACAGCACUGAAUGUGCCCUUGGGCUGCUUCUAGCUGUUCUCCUGACAAAGCAGUAAGGUGCAUCUGAUUUUUUUGUAAGAUCUGUCAUGUUUACAUCUGUGUAGUUGCCUCACAUAACACUACAUAUGCUCACUGUUAAUGAAUGUUCAGAGCCAGCACAAAGUAAGGGCAUUAAUAAAAGUUGUUCCUUGAACUGCCUCUGGUCACUUAAUUAUUGAAAGUGUCCAUCCAAGUUGUUGAUGGUCUUCAUAAAGCUCAAAAGCAAGGCAGCUGCUUGCAGUUAGCUCACAAGCUAUUUAGAAGUCACUAAUGAAAAUGGUAAAAAGGUAAUUAUUUUUGAAAUUCUUAGACUACAAAGGACUAAGUACGGAAAAUUGGAUCUUUUAAACCAACUCCUUUUGGAGGUUUUGUAAAACUAACAAGGUAACAAUUUCUAUGUUACUUGGGAUAAACACAUUGACAAAGGAAACUUUUAAUUAUGGUAUCUGUGUAUUGAAUGUUAGCCAUCUUCAGAUGCUAAAAUAAACUUUACUUCAUUAUCUAUUUUGUAAUUUACUUUAUAAAUAAACAGUGAAGCUUUA